CUCCAUCUCAGGAUGUGGUCGGGACGGUUCCAGUGCCAGUGGGUCCUACAGCCCUGUGUGGUUCAGCGUCUGCGUGCUUUUGUCCUUCGUUGCCCUGCACUGUCCUCAGAGGCUUCCAAGCGUUUCUAUACCCCCCAAGCAGAGAGGAAGCGGUUUUACCAGGAUGUUACCAUCAGCCAAGGUGAAGGAGGCUUUGAAAUCAGUCUGGAUCACCGGAAGCUGAAAACCCCACAGGCCAAGCUUUUCACUGUCCCCAGCGAGACGUUGGCUCUAGCAGUGGCCACUGAAUGGGACUCUCAGCGAGACACCAUCAAGCCCUACACUAUGCACCUGACUACUUUGUGCAACACGGCUUUGGACAACCCAUCACAACGAACCAAGGACCAAAUUAUCGGGGCAGCUCUGAAGUUCUUAGAGACAGAUACCAUCUGCUACCGAGUGGAAGAGCCCCCUGCCUUGGUGGAAUUGCAGAAGAACGAGUGGGAUCCUGUCAUUGAGUGGGCCGAGAAAAGGUACAAUGUCACGAUUGGCUCCUCAACCAGCAUCAUGGGGCCCAGCAUCCCCCAGAGCACCAAGGACGUCUUCAUUAGCCACCUGGCAUCAUAUAACACCUGGGCUCUUCAAGGCAUCGAGUACAUGAUCACUCAGCUGAAAUCCCUUAUUCUCUCCAUGGGCCUCUUGGACAAACACUUGACAGUGGAGCAUGCGGUCCUGCUGUCUCGCCUGGAAGAAGAAUACCAGAUCCAGCGCUGGGGGAACGUGGAGUGGGCCCACGACUACGACCUGCAUGAGAUGCGUUCCCGUACAGCUGCAGCCACCCUCUUUGUCCACCUUUGCACGGAGAGCACCACAGUCAAGCACAAGCUGCUCCAGGACUGAGGCUCUGGGCGGUCGGACUGAAGAAGAUCCAAAUGGUGAACACACAAGGAAGGACAUUCCCAUCCUCCUGGGUCUGUCUCAGGGCUGGUGGCCUUUUCGGGCUGACCAGGAGAAGUUACAGGAAAUGCCUGAGUUGUGAAGGAGAGCACUGCCCACACAGUCUGUAUGGAUUUUCACAACAGAAUGGGGAUUGUGGUAGAGAUCCUUUUGGAGAUUUCUACACUGGUGUAAUAGUGCACCUUACAAUGCCCUGAUGUUUUGUAUCUCCCUUACUAUGGGAUGCUGCUCAGGGACAACUCUGCCACUGGUUGGACAUUGCCAACAAAGGGCCCUUUUCUUCUGUCCUUACCUUCUCUUUCCAUGCCCAGACAUCCACAUAAGGACACUGAUAGAACUUGAUGCUCUACUGGCUACAAAGAGGAAUGUGGCAUUUUCUCCUGUCUCCGCUGAAACUGGGCUUUCUAUCCCCAGAGCAGAGCAAAUGUCGCCCUCCAAGACGUGGCUCCCAAUGGUCCUUACCAAGGUUGAGAAGACAUGCAACCCAACACGAGGACUGUACUUUGCCCGUUCCUGUCCCCCCAGGUUUUCCUGCCCCUCUCCUUCACCUCCUUUCCUCUGGGGCAGCAAAGGACAAAGCUAUCCCCUCCUAUUUGUGCUGUAUCUUUUUAUGCUGCAUCAGACAGCUGUGCUAUUAAAGGAGCCGACAAACAAACAAA